GGUGGGUCAUCAGGAGAAGGCUCUUCAGGAAGAGGAAAGCUUCCUUUAUGGAGACCUGUAGGCAGUGUUGUGGGGGCAUGUCUCCACACCAUGCACCCGCCUGGGUGACCUCCACAUAUAAACAGUGCCUCCCUGCCCCUCUGUAGGAGUCCUGAAAGAACAGCCUGCAGUCCAACCCUGCAGGAGUCCCAGCUGAGGCCACAGGAGUUUAAGCCCACUCUGAACACGGAGCCCUUUUCCAGGUUCUCUCUCUCUCAUCCUGAUUCUUGCCACUGGAAGCAGGACCUGGCAACCACUGAUCCACUUCUCAUCACUAGACUAUAGUUCUGCCUUUUCUAGAAGUCCAUAUAAACAGAAUCAUACAGACACUGUCCUCUCCCUGUGUGAUGGCAUGCUCACGGACCUGCUCCCGCAUUCUGGGGCUGAGCCUCGGGACUACAGCCCUGUUUGCUGCUGUGGCCAACACACUGCUCCUGUUUCCUAACUGGGAUGUGACCUACCUGUUGAGGGGCCUCAUUGGCAGGCAUGCCAUGCUGGGCUCUGGGCUCUGGGGAGGAGGCCUCAUGGUGCUCAUUGCAGCUACCCUCAUCUCCCUGAUGGGCUGGAGAUAUGGCUGUUUCAGUAAGAUUGGGCCCUGCUGUAGGAUGCUUACCGCUCUGUUGUCAAGUGGCCUGGCUUUGCUUGGAGCCUUCAUUUGCUUUAUCACUUCUGGAGUAGCCCUGAAAGAUGGUCCUUUUUGCAUGUUUGAUGUCUCACCCUUCAAUCAGACACAGGCUUGGGAACAUGGUUACCCAUUCAAAGAACUGCAUAACAGGAAUUAUUUGUAUGACCAUUCACUCUGGAACUCUGUCUGCCUGGAGCCUUCUAAAGCUGUCAUUUGGCACGUGUGCUUCUUCUCCACCCUUCUGUGCAUCAGCCUCCUCCAGAUUCUCCUGGUGGUCAUUCAUUUCAUCAACAGCUUCCUGGGCCUUUUCUGCAGCCUCUGUGAGAAGUGACAGGUAAUGCCCUCUCAUACAUAAGUGUUUUCAUCAUGUGCUGCCUUGAACCUUUCCUGCAAGAUAGGGUACGAAUUAUAAACAAAUUUCCCUUUAGGAAGUCAUGUGGUAAUAAUAACAAUGAUUCCUUGCAUAUAUAUUGACUGAUACAAUGCAUUUAAAAUCAAUUACUACAAGAUGAUAUACUAAUAGAAGAAAUAGUUAAAUCAUUAUUAUUGUGUAGGAACUUAUAGUCCAUGAAAUGUCCUCCAGCCAUGAUCUCAUUUCAGCUUCUCAACAGCUCUGUAAAACUGGCCACAUGUUAGAGAUGAAGUUGAGGCUCCUAGAGGAUAAUGGACUUGCCACCCAAAAGCACUUAAUUAGGUUCAGGAAAAGUCAGUACCGGAGCCCCUACCUUCCAAAUUCAAGUUCACUAGCUUAUUAAUAAGACUGAAUUUUGUGGCUCCCAAAUUCAUAGGUUGACGCUCUAGCCUUCAAUGUGACUUUGGAGAUAGGACCUUUAAGAAGCUAACUCAGGCUGAGUGAGUGAAAGAUGCUCAGCCAUGUCCAACUCUCUGUGACCCCAUGGACUGUAGCCUUCCAGG